ACGUUUCUGCGUUUCAGUUGGAGCUCCGCCGCUGCAUCGUGCGGUGCGUGCAACGGUGGCCUCUCGGGACGUGCGACUCGUUGCGUCAACUCGCGCGUCGUGUUCGGAAAAACAAGCGGAGGGAAAGUACCCGUGAACCCUGUUCCACUUUCUUCCGAGGUGGAAAUAAAAUAGGCGGAAUAAUUCCCGAGCUCUUCGAGGAGCGGCUGCGUUCCAAGCCUGUUGUCCUCGCUCGCGACGCGGGUGUAACACACGUGGACGAGAACGCGCGUCAGGUGACUCAAUGGACGGAGUAUUUGCUAGUCGGCGUACUACUUGAGGCUUGUUUAGAUUUUACGGGUGAACGAUACGUAUCGUGAUAUUAUACUUGUGGCAAGGAAAGGUCGAGUCAAAACAAAAAAAUUGAAAAAAAUUUCUAAUAUUUCACCGCUCCAAUAAUUUCGUUUCACAGUCUUUUACUGGCGCCACGGUCGCCAAGAGACUGCAAGGGGAUUACACGAAACAGAAAGAAAGAAUCGAUCGUCAUCAGGGAUCAUAUUGAAAAUUCUUCAAACUGGGCGACAGAAGGGGAAAGCAUCGAAGAGUGAGAAUGGCGGACGAGGAUCAGAACACGGUUCAACGGACGGCUCCCAAAAACAAAUUCUUGAGUCACCUACCGAUCGUCAUCAAAGUAAUCGAACUGAUUUUGGCCAUUUUCGCGGUCGGUCUGGUGGUCGAUCCAAUGAACUCGUUUCAGAAAACCUUCAAUAGGGCGCGAUUCAAGCUGGAUGACGCCGCCACUAUUUACGUUACGGUCGCCGGCUAUAUCCUCAUCAAUGCGCUCUUCAUCCUCAGCCACAUGCUCGGCGAUCGCGUGCCAAAAAGAACGUUGAUAAUGUUCGCGUCUGUGGGCGCGCUUAUGCACGUGGUAGCCGGAAGUCUCAUGAUCCACAAUUGGCGUAAAAUGAACGGUCCUUAUUAUUAUGUGUACAACAACGAGGUCCAUCCCAGCAAGCAAUACAUGGACAUGCUUAUAUCCGCAGCCGUAUUUACGUUCGUAAACGCAGCAGUAUUCCUCGCGGAGAUUAUCGCCAUAAUAAAAUGCUCGUGAACAUCACAUCGUUUGCAUAAAAGACCUGACAAUCUCCAAAGAAGUUGGAGGACUCUCGUCAAAGUUACGAGUAAUUCGCUUCGAAAGAAACAACAAAUUUUUAAUUUCUCUUUAAAGUUCAUUAUAAUUAACUUAAAUUUUUCGAAAUUUAUCUCACAAGAAAUGUCUAUCGAUAUAGGUCUAAUAUUGCAUUAAAAAAGUCCUUCUUUAUAAAAAGAGGUUUAUUUAAAACAGAAAAUUUAAAAAAAUUUUAAAUUUAAAAAUCUCUUUAUAAAAAGAGAUUUAUUUAAAACAAAAAAUUUUAAACAAAAAACAUUGCAUAUUGCCAUAAUUUUGAUGAAUAUUAUCUGCUUCGAAGAAAAAAUUUUUUUAAAAUAUUAACUUUGUAAAAACCAAUCGACAACACAUUGUAUGUUAGAAACGUAGUAGUAUUAUAUAUUAUCACCAUAGUAUAGUAUAUAAGCAACAUCGUGCACAUCGUGUAUAUCGUGUAUUAACAUAGAAAAAUUAGCGAUAAUAUAAUAGAUUCGUAGCGUUAUAGUUAUGUAAGGCAAAACGCGAAAUUGCAACGAUUGCAACGUAAUCGCAAUUUGAAAAAAAUUACCAUCAUUCGAGCAAAGUAUUUAUUCGCGUAUGAAUCCGUCCAGUAAGUUUUGUAUUCAUAGAGCAUUUAUUUCUACAAAGUAUUUAAUAAGCAAAUCUAAGAAGCUAUUCUCUCUUUUAAGCGAAAUAAAAAAAUAUCUCUUCUCGUCCAUUUUAUAUCUUACACUUUCUCUCUCUCAUCUCCAUCUGUUUUCCUUAGGUCAAAUUCGCAAAUAAAAAUGAAAAAAAAAAA